ACAAAUUUGCAAUAUUGCUCAAAGGCUUAAUUUUUUUACACUAGUGCCAUUCCAGUAGUUCAAUUCCUUAGUUCAGGAUGUCCUGCUUAGACGCACAUUACGAAUGCCGUCUUCAUUGGAUUCGCGGAUUCCUCCCCGACACUUCAAGGACUUGGGUGGGAUCAACGUCGUACUCCUUGGAAUAUUUGCGGCAUGUUACUGGCGGAGUCGUCUGAGUUCAUUGAGGGCGUUAACGAUACCGGGGUUGUUAUGCGGGGAAACUGGACAGGUUGCUACAGGGGACCCCUCCUGGAAGCUCUCCCAUGGUAAGGCCCCACGUUGGCGAGAUCGAGAAAAUAAGAGGAGAUGGAGGCAUAUAUGGAGGAAGUUUCCCUGGAUGUAAUUUAUUUCUGUUGGUAAAGAACGAUUCUCUUGGCGCGGUUAAACGCUGCAAUCUCGAUUCUUCUUCAUUUGGCAUUAAAGAGACUUGAGGCGAUUCCCAAUCAAAUGUCUUCUAACGGCACAACUCAUAAAAUGGAUGAGAUAAAAAAUGUUUCCGAGCAACAGUACCCAGAAGGUCUUGGCCUUGGGUCCAAUUUAUCCCAUAUCAAAACAUCCGGUGGAAUGACGAUCUCUCCAGAACUUUUCGAAAAACUUUAUCUUACCCCUAAAACCCAAUCAACCGGCGACUUCAGAAAGCGUUUUGCUAAUCCGACUCCACUUGGCCUUAUGGGUUUCGUUAUUUCAUCAUUGACAUAUGCAUCAAUUAUGAUGGGAUGGGGUGGAUCUACAACUCUCACUGGCGUUGCCGGCAUCUUCUUCUUCACAGGUCCCGUUCUCCUCCUUCUCGCCCUGAUUUUCGAAUGGAUAAUGGGAAAUUUCUUCUCCAUGCUCGUUAUGGGCAUGUUUGCAGUCUUCUGGCUCUCGUUCGGCGUCCUCCAGGCGCCUUCGUGGGGAAUCGCCGAGUCGUACAGCGCAACCGGGAAUGCAGCUGAAGGCGCAGCUUCGGUGGGAUACAAUGCGGCGAUUGCCCUGUACUUGACGAUGUGGGGAUUCUGGCUCUUCACGACUUUCCUCUUCACACUCAAGACGAACAUGGUCUUUGCUCUCAUUUUCUUCUGCGCAUUUAUCAGCAGCUUUAUUUUCGCGGGUGCAUACUGGAAAGUCAGCACUGGAGAGUAUGAUAUGGCAUUGAGGUUACAGAAGACUGGUGGAGCGAUCUUUUUCAUACUUGCAGUGCUUGGAUACUAUAUAACCGUCGUCAUGAUAGCAGCAGAGAUGCGCAUCACAGUCCAGCUGCCAGUCGGAGACCUCUCUCAUUACUGGCCAAAAUCCGACGACCUUGCCGAUAUGGAGAAGAACGAAUGAUUUCCAGCAGCGGAGAGACCCUAUGGAAAAUGAGUAUUUACGAAGCCCCGAAGAGUGUGCGUGAUGGAUAAUAGUUUGUCGUAUACUUGGCAAGUAGCUAGUCAUGUCUAAUUCAGCAGCAUCAAAUCCAACUAUUGUUUCAAGAAUUGCUAAUCGUCUGCUGUAUUUUCCUGGACAUAGUAAGGCUCGGCAACAAUAUGUUCUAGAAUACAACAGUUUCCAUAUCGUGGUAAUCGUAAGACCUGAGUUUUAAAGCUCAGCAUCUCGGUGAUGAUCAUGGGGUUUCACG